AUGGAGAAUCGUUCCGACAAUAUGGGAAGUCUGAUGGACGACUCAUUCGUCGACGUGCAUUUCAAAUCAGCACUGAAAAUCGUGUGCAACUGCUCGCACAGCGCAUUCUCAGGUGUCGAGUCCAAGGGUGUGAAGAAGACAUGGAGACCCGGUGAGACACGUGAUGUGAAAGGCGGCGUUGCUAUGUAG